UGUGAGAACGUUCGCGUUUGGAAUAAAGUUGUUUUUUACUUAUUUUGUAUCGUUCGGUACAUACGCGAUUGUCAUAGAAUGACAGGAACGCUGCAGUCACUUUUAAGAUUUGCAAGUCAUGCAUUUCGACCGUCAAGUCAAAUUACAAGAGCAUUUUCAGUCGGUUACUCAUUGCUGGGAAAGAGACCACGCGGAGAUCCUCGUCCUAUAAAACCAGUAGUGGACAGAUGGGAUGAAAAACACGCUCUGUUUGGUGAAAAUGACUUCAAGGACAUUCUAGGAGAUGGCUCCUAUCACCUGAAAAAGAAUAUAACUACAGGGCCAUGGUGGAUGAAAGGCUGGCGUGGUAAUGAAUUCGAACGUCUGGUGCGAAAAAAGAAGAUGAUCGGACCGACCAUGGGUCCAAUGGAACACAAAGAAAUGAUCAAGAGAAUUAGAUUUCUUUACAAAAAAAUGAAUAAAAAUAGAGGCACUGGCAAAACGAGAAUGACUAACAGAAAAGCAUAUGAAUUCUAAUUUCUACAUUGAUAAAUGACUAAUAUUGGUGCUGCGGCUGUAACAUACUUGGAACACUGACCUGUGAAUACUGUUGGGGAUUUCUGUGUACAGAUAUCUUAUACUGACUGUUUUAUUUUCAAGAGGUCCUCUCCUACAAGCACAGAGCUAUGAGCUUGUAAUUCAUAUGAGAAUCAAAAACUUCAAUGUCCACAGAGUUUGCAUUGGUUGCACUGGAAUACAUGUAAUACAUUUGUGUCCCUGAAAAAAAUUAAGGUUUUUUCCCCCCGUACUAUACGCAUGAUUCUGCCCACGAUGUAAAACUACUAGAAAUAUAUGAUGAAUGCUGUACUAAUUCAGCAUAUUUGAGAUGUUAUCAUAGUAUGAGUUAUUUUCUAUGUGCAGGCAGGUAUUUCUACAUCAAUUCUGCCAUUCUGUACAAUGUCUGGUCAGCAUGUUGAGUGUAAUAUUUGCAUAGUAAAGGACGAUAUAUUGAUGCUGUGGUUUGAAUAAAAUUAUAUUUUCGUUUCUGCACCACAAGUUAUUGAGCUGUAUGGCUCUGAAAGUGAACCACCUAGAAUAUACAUGUUAUACCAUUAUUUCAAAUAAUAUUACCUGAUGAACAU